AUGGUAGAAGGUGGUGCGAGUCCUGUCAAGCCCUCGUCGCCGAAGGCAGCGAAGAGGAAAGCGGCGCGCAAGCAUGCUAAGAAAGCGGGCCCCACCGUUGGAGAACUGAUUGUCAAGGCCGUGUCCGCCUCCAAGGAAAGAGGCGGAAUGUCUCUGGCUGCCCUGAAGAAAGCUCUGGCGGCCGGCGGCUACGACGUGGACAAGAACAAGGCUCGUGUGAGGGUUGCAGUCAAGACCCUGGUGAAGAAUGGGAGCCUGCUCCAUACCAAGGGCACCGGCGCUUCUGGCUCCUUUAAGAUCAAUAAGGCGGGUGCGAAGAAGAAGAAGCCCGGCAAGAAAGCGGCCGGGAAGAAGGCAGCCGGGGCGAAGAAGCGCAAGAAGGCGAAGAAACCGGCGGCCAAGAAGUCGCCCAAGAAAGCGAAAAGGCGCUCCGGAGCCAAGAAAGCGAAGAAGAGCGCCAAGAAACCUAAGAGGCCGGCAGCAAAGAAGACACCCAAGAGCCCCAGGAAGGCCAGGGCAGCCAGGCCUAAGGUCGCGAAGCCCAAGAGCAGAAAAGCGAAGAAAGCGGCUCAUUAG